AUGGGCAAUCCGAUCCCCGUCCACCUCGAGCAGGAGUGUCGCAAGGCGACCAAGAUUCUCAACGACUUUGUCGACCCUGUCAACGGCCUCGACAAGAUCAUCCCGCUCAGCGUGCUGCAGCGCGCCAAGGGAUUCGCCAUCUUUUCCGUCUUCCGCAUCGGCUUCCUCCUCUCGGCGCGCGCAGGUUCCGGCGUCGUCAUCGCUCGCACCGAAGAUGGUUGCUGGUCCGCACCCGCUGCUAUCGGCAUCGGCGGCUUGGGAGGCGGCUUCAACGUCGGCGCUGAAGUCACCGACUUUCUCAUCGUGCUCAACUCGCGCUCCGCCGUGCGCUCCUUCAUGGCCACCGGCUCGCUGCAGCUCGGCGGAAACCUUUCCGUGGCAAUCGGCCCGCUUGGAAGAUCCGCUGAAGCGAGCGGUAGUGUAAACACCAAGGGCCGCGUCGCAGCCAUGUUUUCCUACUCCAAGUCCAAGGGCUUCUACGGCGGCAUCUCAGUCGAGGGCACUGUGCUCGUCGAUCGUGAAGAUGCCAACGCCAGGGCAUACGGCAGCUACGGCAAGAAUGCAAAGCAGAUCCUGUCUGGCUCCGUAGAGCCACCGCGCUGGGCGACGGGACUGAUCCAGACGAUCGACCGGUUCACGCUCGCCAACACGCCGAGCAAGGACCUCGACGGCGAAUACUUCAACUACGACGACACCAGCAGCUUUGACAACCGCGGCCUCGGACGCAGUGGAGGGCGCCGAUCCAGCUUCGACUCGGUCGACAGCCGCGAGCUUGACGCCACCGUGCGCACCAAGUCGCCGCUGUCAAAGCGUGAGUCGGGGCUCGACGAUCUCCCGGACCGAUUCGACGGAUUCGACCUGGGCGACCGUAAAGGCAACGGAGCCGAUGCGGGGAGAUCGUCAUUCGAAGCGGCCGAGCGCGAUAGGCGUGCUCGCGACGAGUACGAUGCGCGCCCCUAUGCGUUUGGGUCGCCGUCGUCAUCGCUUAGCAAUACGCCCGCGCGGGUAGGGUCGGCGGCAUCGCAGAAGAAGCGUCCAGGCAUCAGGCAGCGCUCCAGCAGCAUCGCCAGCAAUCUCAGCUUCUCCAGCCUCGGCGGCAAGAAGCGACUCGAUCGCUCCGGGCCUACACCGCCGCCGGACUGGAACGAUAUUCCGGGCCACAGCAAGAUCAGCGCUGCGUGGGGAAGGCGCGAUCCGGACGGAAUGGAUGCACUCGACCGAGAGCUGCAGGGUGGCGGUGAUACGGCAAGGCGCGGGUCGCCGUACAGUCCGUCGCAUGCUAGGAGUUACAGCACGUCUGGGGUUUCCGAAUCGGCUGGUUCCGACGCGCGUGCACGCAGUGGCAGUGUCGGGAUCGGUGGACGUGGGAGCUUGAAUACGCCGGUGGGCUGGAGUCAGUUCAGUACGGCCGAUGAUGCGGACGAUUUGUUCGGAGACUCGCAGGCUCGCGAUCCGUUUGACGAUCUCGAGCCGCGCCACACAGGUACCAGCGCUGGCUCAGGCUACACAAAUGGCAACGGCAACGGCAACGGCAACGGACGCACAAAAUCACCCUGGGACGCUGCGGGUUCGAGCACAGCGCCACCUGCAGGCAAGACCGGAUCAAGGUUCGGAAAGUUCCGCACUCCCAGUCCUGGAAGCAGUGCAUUUGGCCGUAAAAAGACACCCACCAUCGUCGAGGACGGCGGAGACGAUCAGACCGCAUCGCUCAUCGAUCCCGAACCGUAUGCAGAGGUGCAGAGGCGCGAGUCGUUUUCGCUCGCAACGUCCAACGCAGGCGUACCGGUCAUCGAGAGAGUCGUAGCCCUGUUCGACUUCGAUGCCCAAGAGGAAGGCGAUCUCGGCUUUAACAAGGGUCAAGUCAUCGCAGUCACGAAAAAGACGGACAGCAGAGACGAUUGGUGGCAGGGAAGAGUCGAAGCUGGUCUCUCCGCAAGCAGGAUAGGCAUCUUUCCCGCAAACUACACCCAGUCGCUCUAG